CCUCAAAAAUGAAACUUAUAGUAAGUGCUGAUAUGCAGCAACAAACAGAUUAUUUCCUUUCAGUAAACACCAGCAUGACAUCUGUGGAAAUUUGCAGAACUGAGGUUUAUAAGUGAAAGCCUGACCUGUCAAGUGAUUGCAAACUAAAGCAUAUAUAAAUAAGUCCCCCUGCUCCCACAUCUCAGAGCUCUGCAUCUGCAUCUGACAAAGAGACUGGGACAUGAGCAGUUUCAAAGUAAUCCUUUUAGUCAGCAUAAGCACACAAUGUUUGAUGUGUGCAGCCACUGUGAAUGUGACUGUCCAGCUGGAGCAGAAUAUUACUCUACCCUGUUACAUUAACUCCAGCUCUGAGAUGGCAUGGUAUCGACUGAGCUCUGAGAAGAUUGCUUUACUCAUAUCUGCAGCAAGAGGAAAACUUCAGAAAAAGGAUUUGAUUACUUACCAUAAUGAGGACCAAAGUCACUUUCGGCUGGAAGCAGACAGGAGGCUUGACUCCAUCAGCCUGGCCAUCAUUGGGGUCAGAGAGUCAGAUCUGGGGCUGUACUACUGCGCUCUUGGCAUCAGUGCGAAGACGAUGCAUUUUGGGACUGCUAUCAGACUCACAUUUGCAGACGCUGAACCGCACCGCUCAUCAGUUAGCGUGGGCUGCAGGACACAUCUGGUCUGUGCCUAUGUUGUAUGUGGUUUCUGCACUAUUCUCUGCGUGUGUGUGCUUUGCUACAGGCAAGGUUCUUCCAGGGUCAACUGCAUCAACUGUGUGAAAGAAAACUCAAAUGUCAAGGCAGCACAAGUACAGUACUCCAGUCUCCGGUUCCUCAGACGGCCCAGAACCACGGCUCCUGCUCCUGCUCCUGCUCCAGUCAACGUGACCUACGCAACUAUAACCAACCACACAUCCUGAUUUAUUCAGCUUUAUAUUAAACAGACACAGCUGUAGAUGUCUACUAUACCUUCACCUAUACCAAAGCCUGUGGGAAAAA